AUGGCAACAUCAGUGCGUAAUGUCGACAGGUUUUCAUGUGUAACAUCCCGCUUUCUUUUACCUACUUUUCGUCGUCCAUCUUAUCGUGAAAUAAUUCGCCUUGAUGUUGAAUGCGAUCCAGCGAAUGAAGUUUUUUUCAGAUGGACAAAAGAAGAGGGACAGUAUUAUAAUCUUAUUAGUACAGCUCUUCUUGACGAUGACUAUGAAGUAUUAAAAAACAAUGCAAAAUUUAUCAAUAGUUUAAGAACGGCCAUUCGAAAUAAUAAUCAAAAAGACUCUUUAAAAGUCUAUCGUGGUUUAAGUCUAACAAGUGAACAUGUUAAACACGAAUAUAAAGAAGGUCUACAAUUCUUGUGGCCAACAUUUACGUGUACAUCAAGAGACAAAGAUGUAGCACAUAGUUUUGGUAAUUAUAUGUUUGAAAUCGAAGCAUCAGAAGAUGAUUGGACGUAUCGUACUGAUAUUUCACAAUAUUCUGAGUUUCCCGAAGAACAAGAAGUUCUCUUCUAUCCAUACAGUGGAUAUGUUGUAAAGAAUAUUAUGCAUGAUGCAAAAAUCAUUCAAUUAAAAUGUAUCGACACACUAGAUGUUGAAUUAAUCGGUCAAACACUUGUUCCAAACAAGGUUAAAAUUUCUGAUCCAUCAAGAAACAUGUUUGUUCAUUUUCAUAAAGAUAGCGCAGAUGUUCACUGGUCUCGUGCUGACAACUCAGACGAAAUGUUUCUCAUCGCUGAGAAUGGAAAUGGCUACUGGGAUGCGCCUUAUCGUUAUCAUCAUCGUAAUGGAUAUUUUAUAGACAAAGGAAACGAUCUGUGGGAAGAAUAUCAUGACAACAAGUUUAUCGCAAAAUUUACCAGGAUUUAUGAAGAUGAUGACUAA